GUGUAAAGGAAACUCUCUCACAGGCUUGGAACAUAACUCAAUUUGGCACCCCAAUGUAUUGCCAACAGUCCAAAAUCAGAGAAACUAGGCUCACAGUAGUCAGGGACUUUAUAGAGAGCUUAGGCAGGAGAUGGAAUAGAAGAUUGAUUAAACAAAGCUUUAAUGCUGACAUUGCUGAAGGUAUACUGAAAAUUGAUGGACUUGAUCCCCAUGGCAUGGUCAGACUAAUUUGGGAUUGGAGUAGCAGUGGUAAAUCCUCAGUAUCCUCGACAUACUUAAAAACAACAUCGGAGAAAGAUGGAUAUAGCAGAGAUAAGUGCAAACUAGAAGGAAGAGCAGAAGAAAAGAAAGAGAAC